AUGUCAGCAUUUACUCAGCUUCAUUGUGGCGGUCGAACUUGUCCUCAAUGUGGAAAAUGUUGUGAUUGGGUUCCCUCUUAUUGCGCUAACUAUAAGCGUCGUGAUGACGGAACUUGCGCUGAUAAUACUGACACUCUUUAUGAAGUUCUUUUUCGUACUGUGAUUGCCGUUGCUGAUGCUCGUCCUUCUGCUCGUAUAUCUCAAAGAAUUCCCCGUGGCCAUGCUGUUAAUCAUUGUCGUAGUGCAGUUGAUGAUCUUAACGCUGCGCUUAAUGCUGCUAUUUGUGAUGGUGAUCUUCGUAAGAUUGUUAUUGAUGCUUUUACUCGUGCCAAAAUGAUUGCUUCUAAUAUUGAUCGUGCUCGUGAUGAAGAUGGUCUUGCUAUUCUUGAAGCUAGUAAAGCUGUUCGACAUGCUCAGCAUGAUCAUGUAUGCCAAUGUAAAUAA